ACUGACUCAGGUACACUUCUACUGAACAGCUUGAAAGAGGCCCCAUCGGUGGCUGAUACGGGAUAUCAGCCGUCAGCGACUCUAUCCUUCCCAAACGUUCCAAAUCGCAAGCUAUUGCAGGCACGCUUUAGUACCUUACCAUAGUAACUCUGCCUGGGUCCCCAACCACCAUGGCGGACACGCUCCCUAGAUCUAAAGCCCCGAAACUGCGAGCCUCUUGCGAGGGCUGCGGGGCCGCCAAGGUUAGGUGCGAUCGUGGUCAGCCUAAGUGCAGUCGUUGCGUUGCGCUUGGUCUGACCUGUGUCUAUGGUAUAUCGCGCAAAUUUGGCAAACCCCCGCGGAAGAGGCUUAGUGCUUGCCUCGAUGUGUCCAACGAGUUUCGCACGCGAAACGUGUGACAAGGAGAGCCCAAAGCUGUGAGAAUCAUAUAACCAUGGGACUAGAACAGUCUCCAAGUGUCAAGAAACCUGCACAGCCACAGCUCAGUUCCUCGGAUCCACAGACCGACAUCCUCCCAUUGCCUUCUGGUCUUAACUCUACGGCGAGCAUCCAGAGUUGUGAUAAUCGCACAACAAUGGGCGCAAUGAAAUCUCAAACUGCCAAAGAAGCUGCACUGCUCAAAACCUCGGAUCUAGCAAUUGACGUCCUUUCGGUGCCUUCUCACAUCAACAAUACGUCAAGCAUCUACGAACAGAACCAACUUGACUCGAAUUUCAUUACUCCCUUACCGCUCGAUGAAUGGGCUCAAUUCGACAUCUGGGGCCCCAGUCUAGAGUUUCCAUCCUUCUCAAGCGACAGUCGACUCCCAGAUUCAGCAUCAGAACCCGCCAACAACUUGAGCGCGAGCUUUGAUAGUCCCGAGUCCCAUAGCUGCCCAAGGGGCUCAUACGAGCUCUUCCGAGAUCUGAUUUGUCCCAGCCCACUCCUCCACGCACCCGAAGCAAAUGUAGACACGGUCUUGGCACGAUUGGACGAGGUGCUUCAUUUCAAUAGCGAUGCCAUCAACCGUCUGCGCCUGCUGCUGAAAUGUCCUUGUGCCAAAUCAGGACAUCGGAUCAUGGUGCAUGCCUCUAUUAUUUCUCGCAUUCUCAUAUGGUACCAGCAGGCGGCCGGGUGCACCGGGAGCAGUUCCUCGGAAUCUCGACCCUCUGCCGUGGCCGUUUCGUCACCAUCGGGUAGUGCCUCUUCAUCUUUACCGCCGCCGUCCUGGGUGACAGCCGACCACGAAAACGAUACGGUGAGCCCGCCUACCCUGGUUCAAUCCACCGGGUUUGCCGUCGCACAGGUGCCUGUUUCAAUGGGGACCUUCAACAUCGAGGACGAGAAUAUGCAGGACGCGUUCAGAAACCAGCUGGUGUUGAGCGAGCUGAGGAAGGCAGCCAAUGUGAUUGACCUCUUUACAUCCCAACACUCUGGCGAAUGCUCUGCCAAUGGUGUGGCCGGUCUGUACUCGCAUUUGGGAAUUUGGCUUCGAAGCGAGCAUUCGAAGACUGUAAGAAUGCUCAGAGCUAGGCUUAGUGCAUUGAAUAGGAACAUGGGUAUUGACGAAGGAGAGGGAGAGGGAGCUCUUGGACUGGCUGUUUGAGUUCAAGGCUGUGCAUCCGGAGAGCAUUACGAAGACUAAGAAGGACAUGUAUGUGGAGUGUUAUGAGAGGGAAGGGGCUAUGAGUAGUGAUUUUUCGUAUUAUCGAGAUGUCGAGAAGAGUGCGGAGCAGAAUUUAAUUUUGUGGAGAAGAACUGGGGGUGCCAGUACUGGCUCUAGCGGGUCA